AUCAACUGUACCUAGAACAUAGAUACAGAGCCACUUGUUAUCAGGAAGCUGCUCUCUCAGCACAACGGAAAAUAUCUCAAUGACUUGACAUGUUCUGGUUGUGAAUUCAGGCUACAAGGACAAGAGGACGGCGGUCCCCACGUUAAAAGGACAAGAUCACCAACAGAACUAAGCCAACCUCAGCGUGAGUUCUGGUUGAAUGACAAGAACCUAACGAAAUUAGCAUCGAAUUUCAACGUGAAGGUGACGACCUACACCCCGGAAGGAUGAAUUUUGACUAUACCAGCCAGAAUAUAGCAUGAGCUUAAAGUAUGGCAACUUGGUGUGAACUUUGAACUCUUAUCCACUAAAGAAGUGAUACCUCCUAGUCGUUGCGUUAGCAACCGCAGCUGUAAACGUGGGCUAGGAAAGGAAGGACAAAGGAUCCGUGCUACCACACGACAACAGUACUACCGAGUAUCCGUUCUACCGCCAGACAUUCUUCAAAGGACAACCCGGCCUUCCAUCAACGACCAACCAAUCGGAGCACAGCUCAGAGGAAAGAAAAUGCAGCGAGAAAACAGAAGAGAAAAAAUGGAGACGUAUUACCGUGGGGAGCAUAAGAAUAUAGAAACCUUGAAAAUGGUUAAAACCCCACAAAGUUAUAGACGUCUUAUUUUAAAAGACAUUCCACUAUACCCCAAAGCUGACAAAGCGGAAUUUCACGUGGACAAAGUCUGUCACGUAACCACUCCAACAGGCCUGACAGGAAUCAUGGAUUUGAGUGGAUUUACAGCAGGGCAAAGAGGGAGUUUCUCAUGGUGGGCUCUUCACAUUACAGAAGGUGAAAUUGAGGCAGCAGAGAAUCGCUUCCUUGAAAAGGAACAGCUUUCCUUUGACCCAAAAAUGGGGGAAGAAAAAAGACACAAUCCAUUCCUGAGGGAAUUCACCACCUCCCCUGUCUUCCAACAGGGAUCUCGGUAUGGGAACUUUAAGUUUACCUUCCCCUUGGAGGAUCUCAUGCAGAUGUACACAGAGCAGAUCUGUGAGGGAGAGAAGCCUGUCCUGAGAGUCUAUGAAACCGUGGUUUACAAGCAGGAGAUCAUGUACGUAGUGGUUCUCCACAGUCCAGAGGUGACAGAGUUUGAUGACUGCCCACUUCUUGCUGAUGAGGAUGAUGAGGCAAUAUGCAUUUAUAAAGAUGGCAAAAUUGUCUGGCGUGCAGAAGCAAUAUGUGGAACCCAUACAAAGAAGCUGAUCAUCAACCGAGAGAGUGGAACAGUUGAAACAGAAGAACUAGGACAUGGUUAUGAACAUUUCAUGUGGGACAAUGUGACCCUGGCAUUCCAUCUGCCAGUUGACAGCACCCUCGUAGUUGAAGAGGGAGUAUUAAAGGAUAGACUCCAUGCAUGUGAGGGUAUCGCACCUUUUCUCCAUGAUGAGUUGUUAACACUAGAGGAGGCAAAAGAAGUAGUCAAUGCCAUAAAGAAUGCUAUAUAGGGACAGUGCUAGUGACAGUUCUAGGGACAGUUCUAGGGACAGUGCUACAUAGGGACAGUGCUAGUGACAGUGCUAUAUAGGGACAGUGCUAGUGACAGUUCUAGGGACAGUUCUAGGGACAGUGCUACAUAGGGACAGUGCUAGUGACAGUGCUAUAUAGGGACAGUGCUAGUGACAGUGCUAUAUAGGGACAGUGCUAGUGACAGUGCUAUAUAGGGACAGUGCUAGUGACAGUGCUAUAUAGGGACAGUGCUAGUGACAGUGCUAUAUAGGGACAGUGCUAGUGACAGUGCUAUAUAGGGACAGUGCUAGUGACAGUUCUACAUAGGGACAGUGCUAGGGACAGUGCUAGGGACAGUGCUAGGGACAGUUCUAGGGACAGUGCUAGGGACAGUGCUAGGGACAGUGCUAGGGACAGUUCUACAUAGGGACAGUGCUAGGGACAG